AGCCCUCUUUUUCAAACUGAACAAAAAUUGAAUCUCUCUCUCUCUCUCUCACACAGAAACGAAGGAAAUGGAGAAGAUUUGUGUCGCAGUUAGGGUUAGACCACCAACAUCAACUACACAGGACAACAACACCUCUAAUGGAAACCACUGGAACGUUGAAAGUAACCGUAUUUCACUCCAUAAACCUCUUGGCACCCCUGUACCUGGCGCCUCUUACGCCUUCGAUCAUGUGUUUGAUCAAAAUAGUACCAAUUCUGGGGUUUAUGAGCUUCUCACUAAAGAUAUCAUUCUAGCAGCAGUUGAGGGAUUCAAUGGAACUGCAUUUGCAUAUGGGCAGACAAGCAGUGGAAAGACAUAUACCAUGAAUGGUUCUGAGAAUGAUCCUGGAAUCAUUAGUCUUGCUGUUAAAGAUGUUUUUCAAAAUAUUGAAGUGGCGACAAGUCGGGAAUUUUUGAUUCGUGUUUCCUAUAUGGAAAUAUACAAUGAAGAGAUUAAUGAUCUUUUCGCGCCAGACAAUCAGAAACUUCAAAUCCAUGAGAGCUUGGAUCGUGGAGUCUUUGUUGCUGGACUACGUGAAGAAAUUGUGAAUAGCGCUGAACAAGUGCUUAAACUCCUGGAAUCUGGAGAAGUUAAUCGGCACUUUGGAGAGACAAACAUGAAUGCUAGAAGUAGCAGAUCUCACACUAUAUUCAGGAUGGUUAUUGAAAGCAAGGGAAAGAAUGCUAAUUCUGGUGAAAUUUCUAAUUUGGAUGCCAUCCGCGUCUCUGUCUUGAACCUGGUUGAUUUAGCUGGUUCUGAACGAAUAGUUAAAACUGGAGCUGGUGGAAUACGUUUGAAGGAAGGAAAACACAUUAACAAGAGCUUAUUGGUUCUUGGAAAUGUAAUCAACAAAUUGAGUGAAGGCCCUAAGCAAAGGGGACAUAUUCCAUAUCGUGAUAGUAAAUUGACUCGCAUAUUACAGCCUGCUCUCGGUGGUAAUGCAAAAACUUCGAUCAUUUGUACAGUAGCUCCAGAAGAGGUUCACGUGGAGGAAUCAAAGGGAACCCUCCAGUUUGCUAGCAGAGCGAAACGCAUUACUAACUGUGCCCAAGUUAACGAGAUCCUGAGUGAUGCAGCGUUGUUGAAGCGACAAAAGCUAGAAAUAGAGGAGCUUCGUGAGAAGCUUCAGGGAUCUCGGUCAGAGGUGUUAGAGCAAGAGAUUUUGAAACUGCGGAAUGACAUGCUUAAGUAUGAACUAGAGCGCGAGAAGCUAGCAAUGGAACUAGAGGAAGAGAGGAAAUCACACAAGGAAAGGGAAAGGUGGUGCAUUAGUGAGAAACAGGUGAAAUUAGAUGAUUUCAACAGUCUUGUUACGAGUUCAGAUCACGACAAGAGAUCAGCUCAGGAUCUAAAGGAAGAAAGUGCAGAUAAACAUUAUUCACGUGAUUCAGAUUCUUUUCACACACCGUCUUUAAAAUCGGAUCCUAAUGGAUUUGUUGCAAAAAGAUCAAAUUAUUCACAGCCAGCUGAGUUUAGUCCUGUGGUGGACAAUUUUAGCGAUGUAGCAGAUGAGGACAUGUGGUUGAAAAUGAAUAAUGGUUUCACUGUAGACCUUGAUGCCCUUCAGUUUACUCCUGCAAGGACAGUCCAAUCCUUGACACUGAAUGAAGAAUCUCCUGAUUUGUCUAUCGAGCAUUACAAAGAAGAGAUUGAAAAUCUGAAGAGGCAAUUGGCUAAUGCAGUUGGAGAAAAAAAUGAACUUGAGAGAAGUCAUGCAAACCAAUUGUUAUUGAACAAUCGACUAAUGGAAGAGAUUUCCGAGCUUCAACAAGAAUCACUCCUAAUUCGAGACGUUCCUAAAAAACUGAGUGAAUCGGUAGGAAAUUGCAAAGACAUCUAUAAGGAUAUUUUAUCAGUUAUGCAGAGUUUUGUAGCCGAUGAAAAAUCUUUGACUUCAAAAUUGCUCUCUACCACAAGCGAGAUUGGUGUCCAACUUUUUUCAAGUUUGGAGACCCAGUUCUUCAUUGCUGCAGAUGGUCAUAAUGUAUCAAUAAGUGAGAAUUCUCUGGUUCAAGAACAAGGCAAGGUGAUCUUUGAGAGGUUAAAUGAAACAAUCUCAAGUUUGGUUGCAUCACAGACAAUAACCUCCAGCGAACAAAAGGAAUCGGCUUUGGAAGAUGCAAGGAAAGAGGGAAUAAGCAACGAACUUGAUUCGAUUAAGGAGAGUUAUCAUAUAUUGGAAAGCAAAUUCAAGCUCAACCACCAACUUCUUGAGGACUGCAAGGAAAGGUUUUGUAAUUUGGAAAAAGAAUGCAACAUUCUGAAAGAAGAAAAAACUUCUCUGUGCCAGAAACUCACAAUAUCUGACAAGAAGCUUGAUAUUGUUCAUGACCAAUACGAAAAAAUUUCAAAGGAUUUGAACACAGAAACACAGAGAAGAAAAAAACUAGAAGAAGAGAUCACACAGUUCAGUAAGGCCUUUUCUCAUAGGCAGGUCUCAUUCAGAUCUUUCAACAACGAGCUGAAGUCUAGAAUCGAGAACUUAAGAGCCCCAAGUUAAUUUCAAUACUCAAACCUCUUGGACAUUGAAAAUGAAUCAAAUGGCUUCCAUCUCCUUGUUGGCAAUGUAAGACUUAGGAUUCUAUGUAUGGUUGUUGUUCUGUGUUGAUUAUGUAUUGCAGCAUCAAGAGUAAUUAUCCUCUUCAGACCCUACAAUGUUUGAAUACAGUUAUUCAACGCUGUUUUAAUGUAUUUAUGACUGUCAGCUCCACUGUGAUUUGGAUGCAUCUCCUCUUGUUUAGAUGUACACUUCCCUGUUGCAAUGGUCAUAGGAUUCCAGUAAAA